AUGUGUGGAUCCAAGAAGCGGUUGGGAGCGUCCUCUGAACAAGAAGAAGUUGGUGAGAGGAUGUCGAAUAAAAGGGAGAACAUUAAUGUAUUGGACAUACUGCUCAAUACCGAGAAGAAGUCACAGAAAUUGAUAGAAGAAGCUAGACAACGGAAGAGGGAGAAGGCCACACUUGCAAGACAUCAAGCGAUGGAAGAGAUCCGUGUUUUCAAAGAGGUAAGAUGAAAAAGGUACAAAUCGUUGACCAAUUUUAGUUAUGCCAAGGAAAAUUUGAAGAAAAAACAGAACUGAAAAUGCGUGAAAUGGAGGAAUUCAAGUCCAUCAUCGAACAGCAGACCAAGGACAAGUUGUAUUUCAUAUUGUGUACGGUAAACCGAAACAAACAGAAAGUGGUCGACAUGCUGUUGGAUGCAUUGACCAAUGUCAUUCCGGAAGUGCAUCGUAAUUUGGCGGCUCAAAUUGAUAUUGGACGAGGUCGAUUUGAACCAAGAAGGCCUCAGAAACCUCUUACUCUGUUCAUCUAA